GCUUGUCAAGUCAAUACGGUGAAAUUGCCGGGUUGGUGGUUCAGCUGUUUUAGUAUUGAGAGAGAAUUUUUGACGUAUAGUGGCGUAUCUAGAACGCUCGUGUGUUUAUCUCUGUGUGAGGAUGAAACGCUUGAAAUUAUAGAUCUUAUUACAUGUAAUUCAGCGUCUGAUUUCACAUAAUGUUGAAAGUGUUUAAUUUCACAGUAGCAGCUUACGACGAGUCUUCUGUUUUCUUAUGACCGGGAACUGAAAGUGUGCAGAAAUGAAAUCUGCCUUAAUUCUAUAUUUCAUGUUGCAACUUCGAACGAAGAGGAGUGGUGGUUAUUGGGGGUCGUGCUGCAGUAUAUAAGCUGCGAUCGGCGCAAGAGCCCCACCAGUUACACUAAGUUGCCGGUGAGUGAAGGGACAGUUCGAGAUGUCCUUCGAACAAAAUUCCCUGGUAAUCCCCAUCACGAUUGACGAGGAUCAUCUCAUCGAUGGAGCAUUCUCCGUGCUGCAACAUAUUCGUUCAUCAUGGAGCAGAGACAAAAUAAAGUUCAAGGUGUUUACUGAUGGUAUUACCAACAAACUGGUGGGGUGCUUCUAUGGUGACUGUCCUGACGAUGUGGUUCUUGUAAGAGUAUAUGGCCAGAAGACAGAUCUCCUAAUAGACAGACAUGCAGAAACACGGAAUAUUCAGCUACUUCAUGCUGCAGGCUAUGCCCCGCAAUUGUAUGCCACAUUUGAUAAUGGUCUGGCAUAUGAGUAUGUGUCGGGGGAUGUCCUUACAGUGGACACUUGUCAUCAUAUAUCUGUUUUUCCCUUGGUGGCACGUAUGAUGGCGAACAUGCAUCGUCUUGAUUGUGGUCCAGGAGUACCUAGGCGCCCUGCCUUAUGGUCUAAGGUGCGGCAGUUCAUGGACAUCAUGCCAACAAAGUUUGAAGAUCCUGCAAAGCAAAAUAGAUUUGAAGAGCUCAUUCCUCCAAAGAAGAAAUUGGAAGAAGAAUUUGAAAAUUUAAAGUUACAGUUGACACGUCUGAACAGUCCAAUUGUGUUUUGUCACAAUGAUUUAUUGCUUGGAAAUGUCAUCUAUAAUGCUGAAAAGAACUCUGUUACCUUCAUAGAUUAUGAGUAUUCCAGCUACAACUAUCAAGCCUUCGAUAUUGGAAACCAUUUUGCAGAAUUUGCAGGAGUGUCAGAUGUGGACUUUGGCCGAUAUCCAAGUGAGGACUUCCAGCGUCAGUGGAUUAGUGUGUAUCUGGAAGCAUUUGAAGAUCGUGAGCCUACAAAUGAUGAAGUUGAGCAGCUCCUUGUUCAUGUCAAUAAAUUUGCUCUUGCAGCACAUUUCUUAUGGGCUGUCUGGUCCCUUAUACAGGCUGAGCAUUCCUCUAUUGAUUUUGACUUUCUUGGAUACUCCUCAAUAAAGUUGAAAGAAUAUUUUGGCAAGAAAGAAAAGUUCCUGAACAUGGAGUUUCCUAAUUCAUGAUGAUAACUGUGAAUUACUUGCACAGGUGUGCAGCUAUGGUUGUUUCACUUAUAGAAGUCAGAAGACACAAAAAAAAGAAACUUGAAACACUGGGGGCAAUAUUUUUUUAAUACUUCAUCUUAACAUGUGAUAACUGGUGUGAUGAUGAAUAAAGGACAUUCUAUUGAGAGCAUUCUCUCUCUCUCUCUCUCUCUCUCUCUCUCUCUCUCUCUCUCUCUCUCUCUCAAACACACACACACACACACACACACACACUGUGAAAUGUAAGUAAAGCCUGUUAUCAAUGCUAGGUGUCUGUGCAUGUGUGCAAAGAUAUUAGAUAGAGAGAGAGAGAGAGAGAGAGGGGGGGGGGGGGCGAUGAGAGGACUAUAUAAGAUUCCCCCAUGUGGUGAUGUUACAUAACAAAGAAAAGAGCUGCAAUUAAGGAGUGAAAAGAAAGUAACAUUAUUAUCUUCACACUGCCUGUCUGUUAUUUUGUUGUCCUGAGUAUGAUAAUGGGAUUGUGAUAUAUCUGGGUAUUGUAUGAGAAACUGUAAUAAUAAAUCUGAUACAGCUGUUAUUUUGUGUGUCGUACUUCCCACAUUCAGAAUUAAGUUAAAAAUUAGUUGUAAUUGUGUGCACAGGGUAAUGAGGCCUUAGCAAAAUAAAAUAUGUGAAAAGAAUGAUAUGUAGUUGCAUAUUUGGCAAAUAAAACACUGUUCCUUUCA